AUGGACGUGGAAGGUGAUCUUAGCAAUGAAAACUGGUGGAAACACCUGUGGAGAAGCAAGAUCCAUGAAAGAACCAAAUUCUUCCUUUGGAACCAAAGUCUACCGGUUCUUAAUAAUCUUGCUGCCAGACGUAUGAGUCUGGAGAAUUUGGAGUGCGGUCACGGAUGUCAGAGUUCGGAAAUAGAAAUCCAUCUCUUUUUCCAUUGCGAGAUUGCCAAGAUAUUGUGGUUUGCGAGCCCUUGGGGAAUUCAGUGGGAGGAGUUUGGACACAAUGAUAUUCUUGCCUUCCUCAAGUUCCUUUCCAACCUGGAGGGAUACCUUCCAGUUCAUCAGGAGGAUAAGGAAAAUUUCUUUAUGUACAUUGCUAUUACCCUGGAACAUAUUUGGUGGAUUAGGAACCAAAUUGUUCAUGAAGGUUGUGUGGAGAAUAUUGAGACAACACCUGCGGUAGUGAUGAAGAGAUUCCAGGAGCUUAAAGAGGCAAUUAGUCGAGAUGAACCAGUCCACUUCCCUCGGACAAGCAACUUUGCUGGAUUAUCUCAUGUUUGGAGAAGGCCUCCGGAAGGUGUCAUCAAGUUUAAUACAGAUGCAGCUGUUAGAAAUAAAGGUAGCCACCUGGAGGUGGUUGCCAGAAAUUCCAAAGGCAAGGUCCUUCACAUUCAGGCUUUCAAUUCGGUUGUGAAUGUUCCACAAACAGCUGAGUUGGAUGCUAUUCUGAAGGCCAUGCAAGUGGCGAAGAAUUUCAAUUGCAACAGCAUCCAGUUUGAAUUAAAUGCUUUAAAUAUGAUUAGAGCUCUUUAG